UCAGUCGACUUAAUACGGCAUGCAAAUUUACUGAUUCUUUUUUCCCCUUGAUCUUUGUUCCACCACUCGUUGCAUUUGCUUUGAUCACUGUAAAACAUAGAAUGGCAAUGUAAUGACCAAUUUAAGCACUUAAGACACCAUCAUCUGUAAUGGGAUCCUUCACAUUUUGCAGGAGGCUAUGGAAUUGGAAGCCAGAUCGUGUGGAGCGUUUUGAAAACGACGAACAAGAACGUUGCACGUGUUGGUCAGCGGAGGUGACGUCACCUACUAAUAUGGCGUUGAUCGAACAAGGUGACACAGCCGCACCCGAGAACUGUCAGAGACUAGUGAUAUUGGGCUCAAGUAAAGCGGGCAAGACAUCCAUUGUCUCCCGAUUCUUGUACAAUAAAUUUGACGAUAGUUAUACCCCCACCAUUGAAGACUUUCAUAGGAAAAUAUACCGGAUCAAAGGAGAAGCUUACCGCCUUGAUAUCUUAGACACUUCCGGUAAUCAUCCAUUUCCGGCAAUGAGGCGUCUGUCAAUCAUUACAGGGGACCUGUUUCUUUUGGUAUAUAGUAUAGAUAACCGUGAAUCCUUUGAAGAAGUAGAGCGCUUGUGUCAACAGAUACAAGAAUGUAAGACACAGUGUAGAAACAGAGAAGGCGAACGGCGCCAGAGAAGAGCCAUUCCAGUGGUCAUCGUAGGCAACAAGUGUGAUAAGGAAAAAAUGCGCGUGAUAGACCCAGCCGAGCCACUGCAUCUUACCGAAGUGUAUGAAAACUGCAUGUUUAUAGAAACGUCCGCAAAGAAAAACAUCAACAUCGAAGAGUCCUUUACAAGACUUUUUGACAUGGGAAAUCUUCCAUUAGAAAUGAGUCCUUCUCUGCAUCGGAAGGUUCAUCCUUUCUACGUAAGCGGAAGUACUUCACAAACCGGAAGAAAGGGAAUGUCCAUUAGGAGAAAAAUGUCUGACGCUUGCGGAACGAUUGCCCCGAAUGUCAGACGACCAAGUAUACGCACUGAUUUGAUGGUGGCACAGAUGAGAACGAAAUCAUCUAAUCUAACCAAAGCUGAUGUGAAAGAAAAAUGUGCUAUACAGUGAUUGUUUAUAAACUUUAAUUUAGAUUUACGACGACGAUUACAUGAAAUUGGUAGAAGAUUGUCCAGUUUCUGUUUGUUUUUCCUUUCUGAAUUUCUUUUAAUCUUAAAGACAGUAACAAAUGUAAACCAAACUUGACAGAAAUCAUUACCUGAUAAAGUUUUUUUUUUUUAAUGAACAACAACACCAUUUUCUAUAGGUGCUACAGAUGCUUUUUUCUAGACUUGUAAAGAAUU